AUGGCCGCACAAACACAGAAGGCAAUUUUUGUUAGGGAAGUAGGAGAACCCCUAGUUUCUGGGGAGCGUCCUAUCCCGAAACCACCCAAGGGCUACAUACUCGUCAAAGUUCUAUCUGCUAUGCUUCUCCCUCAUGACACAUACGGGCGCGACUGGGGACUCCUUAUCGAAGAACGCCUUCCUUACGUCCCGAGUGCAAAUAUCGGAGGUGUGGUUGAGAAACUGGGCGAUGGUGUGACCUCAUUCUCCAUCGGGGAUGAAAUCUUUGGCCAGGGAGAUCCUAUGUACCCUACGCCAGACUCAGCCGGACUACAAGAAUAUGCCAUUCUUGAUGCCGAUGCUGUAGCAAGAGUUCCUGAAGGAGUCGCAAUGGAUGAUGCGGUGACGUUCCCGGUCAAUGCAACUACAUCGUUUGAAGCUUUAUUUCAUCCAGAAAAUGGAUUUGGAUUCCCAGCUCCCUUACCGAAAGACCAAAAGUCUUCUUCUCACGAAGCGAAUAUCGACCUGCAAGCGCAAACAAUCGUUAUAAUCGGCGGUGGAUCUAGUGUCGGUAGGCUAGGAAUUCAGUUUGCCAGGCUUGCUAGCAUUGGACGUAUAAUCACCGUGGCUUCGAUUCGAAAUGAAGCGGAAUUGCGCACUCUCGGAGCAACUCAUGUCGUUGACCGUCACGACACCCAAGACUCAAUUGCAAAGAAGAUCCACGGGAUUGUACCUUGUGAUUACAUUACGCACGUUUACGAUUGCGUAUCCUGGGAUCCUUCGCUAUCGCUUCUAAUUGUAUCCAGGACCAAGGAAUCAACAAUACUCACUCUUCAUCCGUUUGAUCUCGGUAUAACCCAAGAGCAAGGACUAGAAAAGUGCCAAGUGCGGCACCUAUUUGGGCAGAACCAAUUCUUGAGACCGAUGUUGAAGCCUUUCUGGGAAAAUCUCCCGCAGUGGAUUGAGGAGGGAACACUUGUGACGCGGAGACAUCGUGUUAUUGAAGGAUUAGAUUUGGUGAAGAUCGAGUCGGCAUUGGAUGACUAUAGAGAUGGGAGCGCUGUGCUGCAGGCUGUUGUUCACCCUUGGGGCAAACCUUGGUUGUUUUGA